UAUGUUUAAUGUGUGUGUGUAUAUAUACAUGCAUACACAUGGUACCACACCAUCCACAUUCCUAAAUGGAUAGAAGAAUUUGGUUGUUGAUCAUCGUUUGGCAAAUAAUGAUGAGUUGGGUAUGUGCAAGAAACAUGCAUUUUGCACCAUCACAUGAUCUCCAACACCAAGCCCAGAUUUUGCAUCCUCCUCGGACUCCUAUUGACAUGCAAAAGGGAGCAAAAGAAGAGGAGGUGGUAAAUAGAGUUGGGUCAAGACCACCAAGAUGUGAGCACAAGUGUAGAGGGUGCGCACCAUGUAGCCCAACUCAAGUCCCAACUGUCCAUUUUGGUCUACAAUAUGCUAACUAUGAACCUGAAGGCUGGAAAUGCAAGUGUGGUUCUGUUUUUUAUAAUCCUUAACCCUUUGUAACAUGCACAACUUUCUUUUUAUUAUUAUUAUUAUUAUAUUAUUCGAUGAUGA